AAGCUUGCUCGACGCUUACUUUUUGACAAGAGUGCCAAUGAUGAGCAUGAGAGAAGUAUCCUGACAAAGUUGAAGCAGCAGUGUGGUGGUCAGUUCACAUCAAAGAUGGAAGGAAUGGUCACAGAUUUGACUUUGGCAAGGGAAAAUCAAACUAACUUUGAAGAGUACCUCAAAACCAAUCCAGAUGCAAGUCCUAGGAUUGACCUGACUGUUACUGUCCUAACUACUGGCUUUUGGCCUAGUUACAAGUCUUUUGACCUCAACCUCCCAACAGAAAUGCUUAAGUGUGUGGAAGUUUAUAGAGAAUUCUAUCAAACAAAAACAAAACACAGAAAACUUACAUGGAUUUAUUCAUUGGGUACUUGUAACCUCAAUGGAAAAUUUAAACCCAAAACUAUGGAGCUCAUUGUGACAACCUACGAGGCUUCUGUGCUGCUGUUUUUUAAUGCCUCAGACAGAUUAAGUUAUCAGGAAAUCAUGACUAACUUGACAGAUGAUGAUGUUGUUAGGCUACUCCAUUCUCUUUCAUGUCCAAAGUAUAAGAUUCUUAACAAAGAACCAAACAACAAAACAAUCUCUCCAACGGAUCCAUAUUAGUGCGCUUUCCAUUCCUUUUUAAUUUUUUUGGGGAAAUUACACUUCUUGACCAUUUUGAUUUUAAUUGAUGUAUUUAAAAUCUGAAUUGUUUCUAUUCUUAGGUAUGCAAUGCAUUGUUUUUUAUUUUUAAUUUUGUUUUCAAGCUUAGUUUAUUUAUUAUUUUAAUAAACAUCAAUUAUUAGUUCUUGAUAA